CACAGUUUUGCUAUAAAAUAAAGCUAAACUAUCGAAAUAAGUAUUCACGAUGCUAAAGAUCCCAGUUUCCGCGAUUUCAACGCGUUUAUGAGUGUUGUUAUACCAGCAUGUUUGCUUGGCCUUGAGGCUUCGGCCUCAAGUAUGUGGUGGCACUGCAUUCGAUUCGGAGCGAGAUGAGAAGUUUUUCAACGAGAACCUCUUGUAGCGGAAGGCUCGUAGGCCGGACGGAGGUUUGGGGGUUAAGCGUGAACUCGUGUCAGCUCACAAUACUUCUGUGCGAUUUUGUAACAGUAUGACUCUUUGUUUGUUUUCCUUUUGAGAAGCUUAGCAUUUUCUUAUAAAUUACUGAUCAGUGAUCGAUCGUUACUAAAAGUUUUGUAAAACAAAGUUCUCUAGUUAGUUAUGUCGACCAGUUAGCACAGGUUACUGUUCUAGUUAGCUAUAUAACAGCGUAUCAUUAGUUAUGGUUAAAUACAAUAGCUAUAACGUUAACUAUUAUGCUAUCAAUUUGAUUAACUAGCUAAUUAGCUGUCAUGCAGUUACUUAGCUUGCUUGCCAAACAGCUUGGUAGCACAGUUGCACAUUGUGGCUAGGCUAUGUUAAAUGUCAGAAGGUUAGCCAACAUUUGUUUAGUUGGCUAACGUUAGCUAUCUAACGUUUAACUUAUUUUAUAGCUAAUGUCUAUUGUCAUUAUAACGUUAAUUAACAUAUCUAGCUUGCUAACGUUAGCUAGUUUGUAUUGCCAACUCACUAGCUAGCAUCUAGGUAACUAAAGUUACGUAUGGGAAUGUGUGUGUCAGUCGGAUUAUCAAGCUAAUUAUGACCAGCCAUAUGGGAAGCUAACCUUAGUUAGCUACUAGCUAGCUACUGUAGCUCGUGUUGGAAUCAAUGAGGUAAACUUGUAUAUAAAUCAUUGUUUGGAAUAGAUAUAAAGUGUUUAUGCAAUUUAUUAAACUUAUUUAAGAAGUACAGUUUGUUGUUUGCCAGACAGCUAAUUUGUCAAGUUCCUUAUCUUAUAAUAACGUGAUACAAACAUAGACAUGCAUAUAGAAAUCAUUUGAGCUUGACAUUGAUAGUCAGACUACUUCGAAACCUAACUAGUCCAAAUAUUAGAUGGUUGAAACUUGAAUAUUUAAUAUGCAUUUAUAUCACUAACAAACUAAACCAUCCAUAGACGCUAACUACCUUCAGCCCUAUUGACUAUAAUAUAGUAUCUUCUGGUCAGGAUUUUUGUUAAGAGUCCCGACGCUCAUUAAGAACGUUAAAAACGCAUCACUUGCGUUACUGUUUUGGAAACCCAAAUCAAAUCUUUUAUAUCAGCAACAAAUAAUUUUCAACAAACAAAAGGUUCUAUUACUACACCGCUUUAUAGCGAUCGGGUUCCCACACGGCCAUAUUUCCAUGUUUACAGCGCUUGUUUACAGAAGACGGAGGCGUAACUGUUCUAAUUAGCCAUCUGCGUCUUGAACACCAGUGUGUAAACGGAAAAUGGACCCCACAAACGUGUUGUCACUGAAAAAUACUCAAGGCUGGUUUACCGGUUAAAACAGUGUACAAACUUCUAGGAAGAAUGGCAGAAACUCAGACACUCAACUUCGGACCAGAAUGGCUCCGGGCCCUGUCUGGUGGUGGCCAUGGGGGUGGUAGCAGCAGUUGCGUUGCCACCUCACCACCUCUCUCACCUGCAAUGCCAAAGUAUAAACUUGCAGACUACCGAUACGGGAGAGAAGAAAUGCUAGCACUUUAUGUUAAGGAAAGGGAGAUCCCUGUAGACCUACAUGAUAAGGAUUUUCUGCCCAUUUUACAAGAGGAGCCCCUGCCACCACUGGCACUUGUAGCUUUUACAGAGGAAGAGCAGAGAAAUUUUUCCAUGUCUGUAAACAGUGCAGCUGUGCUCAGGCUGAUGGGGAGAGGAGGGGGUCCGGUUGGGCCAGGGGCGCCGAGGGGUCGAAGUACCUCACGGGGUCGAGGUCGGGGUAGAGGAGACGGAGGGUUUUACCAAAGAAGUUUUGAUGACGUGGAAGGAGGCUUUGGACGCGGGGGCAGGGAGAUGCACCGCUCCCAGAGCUGGGAGGAAAGUCAUGCUGAGUCUAUUUUCUCACCAUCUAGGGGAGACCGAAGGUUUGAAAAGCCAGGUCGAAAAGAGCCAGAAGUUGCUCCUACCCACUUCCUGAUGAAUCAUAUCCGUGCUAACUACGAGGAGGUUGGGACCGGUGUGGGGGGCCUGCCAGUGAGGAAGCAUGACUUCACGCGUUCGGAGAGUGAGAACUGGCGCACGUCCCGGGAGGAAGUGAAUGGUGAGGAUGGUGAAGAGGGGGGCUGGCGCCUGGCUGGCACCUUGGCAUGUGCCUUGCGACGGGACAGCGAGCGGUGGUGCCCCCCGAGUCCAGACGGGACGCGGUCGGCAGGGUGGCGAGAGGCUCACCCGGGGGAGCAGCCGCGGCAGCGCAGGCUCCCUUUCGAUGCCAGAGAGGACGAGCGCGGCUACAGGCAUCCCCCGUCGGCCAGCGGCAGCCUGGAGGAGGAUGGUGGGGGCAGCCUGCCAGAGUGGUGUCUGGAGGAUGCUGAAGAGGAGACGGGCACCUUCGACUCCUCCGGAGCCUUCCUUUCGCUCAAGGUUCGAAAAGCUCCCAAGGAGCCCAUCCUGGAGGAGGCAGAGCUGGACUUCAGACCCCUGGAGGAAUGUGAUGAGGGUCUGGAGGAGGACGGACACCCCCGGGAGAACAAAGACACAGACGAAGAGGCCAGGAGAGAGCCCGACAGAAAACAGGAUGUGGGGAGAGCGAUAGAGGAGGCUGCUCACUCUCCACCUGAGCCCCUGCCCCCCAGCCAGCCCGACAGAGUGGAGGAUCCUGAGGGGCCGUUGGAGAAGCCACUUGAGCGACCCCCUGCCCCGGAACACAGGCCAGAGGCCAACAAAGUCCCCCUGCACACCCCCAUGUCCAAUACAAUGCUGGACUCCCUCCCCACCCCCCACACCGUUGCACACACUCUCACAGUGUCGGCCCCGUCGUACACCAUCCAGAUGCAGCAGAAGCCCCUGGAGGUUCCCGUGGCCAUGCCCGCCCCGCUGCCCUUCAGUGCAAGCCUCAUGCCCAAAUGCACGUCUAUCAUGGCCCCUAACAAUAUGGCCACCAGUACGGGCCUCAUGGCGCCCAUCGGAAGGCCCACGGCCAUGCCGCCACACCACACUAUGGAUGAAGAUGAGGGACUGAAGCACUUUGAACAGGAGGCAGAGAAGAUGGUGGCGUAUCUACAGGACGGUGAUGACCGGCUGGCUGCCAAGAGCUCAGCUACCAAACCAGCCGGCCUGCCGCUCACACACGAGGCUGCUCUGAAGUGGUUUUAUAAAGACCCCCAGGGAGAGAUACAGGGUCCGUUCAGUAACCCGGAGAUGACAGAGUGGUUCCAGGCGGGCUACUUCACCAUGACCCUGCUGGUGAAGAGAGGCUGUGACGAGGUCUUCCAGCCCCUGGGUGAGAUCAUCAAGAUGUGGGGCAGGGUGCCCUUCGCCCCCGGCCCAGCACCGCCACCCCUACUGGGUGAUGCCGGGGACCAGGAGCGUCUGAAGCGACAGCAGGAGCUGACGGCCCUCAACCUUUACCAGCUGCAGCAGCUGCAGUACCAGUACCUUUUGAGGCAGCAGUACGCCCAAGCCCUGGCCCAGCAGAAAGCCCAGGCCCUCAGCUCAGCACCACACCAGCAGCAGCAGCAACAGCAGCAGCAGAUCAACCUGCUCCUCCAGCAAUACCAGGCCCUCAAGAUGAGGUCAGCAGAAAACACAACAUCUGAGUCUCUCUUACCUCCUGUGACUCGGUCCAUGUCCGUACCAGAAUCCCAGGGUUCUGUGUGGGAAAUGCAGAACACCUCUCAGGCCUCCUGCACAUCAAACAUCCAGCAACCCACACCCAGUGCGUGGGAGGGCAGCAGUGUGUGGGAUCUGCCCAUAGACUCCAUGGCCCAGGCCCCCACCAUAGAACAGAUGCAAAACCUGGAGAAGAAUAAGGCUGCCAAGCUGGAGCUGGAGCGGGGUGAGGCAGAGCUGGGUGCCAAGAGGGAGGAGGAGGAACACAAACGCCUGGAGGAGGAGCAGCUAGCACGUCAGAAACAGGAGGAGGCAUUGAAGAGGCAGCGGAAGCAGCAGCAGGAGGAGGCGCAGCGCCAACAGAAAGAGGAGGAAGAGGAACGGCAUGCGCAGGAGGAGGCCCUCCGCAGACUGGAGGAGGGGAGGAGGAGGGAGGAGGAGGAGGAAGAGGAGAGGAAGCAAAGGGAAGAGUUCCUCCGCAAACAGGAGGAGGAGCACCGAAAGCAGGAGGAGCUGGAGGCCCUGAGGAGGCAUGAGGAAGAGAAGCGGCAACAGGAGGAGGCGGCUGCGGUGGCUUUGGUACGGCAACAGCAGGAGGAGGCGAAAAGGAGAGAGCAGGAGCUAGCCAGACAGAGGCAGCAGCAGCAGGAGGCGCUCCGCCGACUACAGCAGCAACAGCAGCUAGCCCAGAUGAAGCUGCCGUCUUCCUCUAAGUGGGGCCAGCAGUCAGCAGUCACGGCAGCAGCCAUCUCUCAGUCCCAGAACGCUCUGUCGCUCGCUGAGAUCCAGAAAGUGGAAGAGGAGAGAGAACGACAGGCACGAGAGGAGCAGCGGCGCCAGCAGGCGGAGCACCUGAAGCUCCUGCAGCAGCAGGCCCUGCAGGAGGCCCGGAAUCCCCAGGCCAAGCUCUCUGGCUGGGGCAGCGUGGCCAAGCAGCCGGCCACCACGAAGUCCCUGCUGGAGAUCCAGAGAGAAGAGGCCCAGCAGGUGAAGCAGAGGAAGGAGCAGGGGGGUGGGGGCCAGCAGCCCAGUCACCCCACAGUCACCCAGCAGAACCGUGCCCAGAACAAAGCUACCACCGCUCUGAGCCCCUCGGUGUGGGGCUCGGUGGCCACCAGUGGCGGGGCUCCUAACUGGGGCGGUGACAGCAGCAUCUGGGGCGACAGCACCAACUCCAACAUGGGCUUCUGGGACGAGGACGUGGCCCAGGCCCCACCCCCCGCCAGGAAGCCCAAUGCUCAGAAGAACAACAAGGGCAACGCCAACCUCAGCAGUCGGGCCAAUAAGAAGGUGGAGGAGGAGGAGAAGCUGCUGAAGUUGUUCCAGGGGGUUAAUAAGAGACAGCAGGAUGCCUUCAUGCAGUGGUGUGAGAAGACCCUGCACACCCUCAACACUGCCAACAACCUGGACGUCCCGACAUUUGCAUCCUUCCUGAAGGAGGUGGACAGUCCGUACGAGGUGCACGACUACGUGCGCGCCUACCUUGGGGACACGUCCGAGGCCAAGGAGUUUGCCAAACAGUUCCUGGAGCGCCGUGCCAAGCAGAAUGCCAACCAACAGAAAGCGCCCCCGGCACCGCAGAACCAGCAGCCAACACUAAAACAGCAACAGCAGGAUUCAAUGUGGGGUGUGAGCGGAACAGGCUCUCCGUCUCUGUACCAGUCAAACCACACCAGCCUCCAGCAGCAGGCACGCUUCGAGACCGUCACCUCAGGGAAGAAGAAGAAAAAGCAGAAGAUGGUCCGGGCAGACCCCAGCCUGCUAGGUUUUUCUGUGAACGCGGCGUCUGAGAGGUUGAACAUGGGCGAGAUCGAGACGGUGGAGGACUUUUAAAGGGACUGCUCUGCUGCCAACCCCACUGACCAUAUCGUUCUGAACAGCUGCCAUUGUACCCCCUACAACCACCACCUUCACACCCCAAUCCCCCUUUCCUUUUGUGAACAGCAUCCUCUUUCCGUUCUGUUUGUACUUUAAUUUAACAUUUGUCAUUGGAAGCUGGGGACGCUUGCCAGUGCUAGAGGACCCCUCAAAAAACAUCCCAAAUGAGUAUUUUGCCCUAUGUGAGACAGGGAGAAGGCUAACGAAGCAGCCAAACAAUCAAACAGAACCAUAAAAACCAACCAAGCAUUGAAUCGAGCAACAAAUCAAUCAAUGCAAAGGCCUAACCUGACUUCUCCCAAAGAAGAGAGCUGAGGGGAGGACAUGGAUGUCUCCCUGUCUAUGGUUGGCUGUUCAGUCCCCUCCUAGUAUCUUGUCUGAAAGUAUGCAAAAGAGAGACGUUACCUGAUGCAAUCUUCUCCCCAUGAAAUUGAACGCAUUUGGGGGGGGGGGGGAUAGAAUACUUUUUUCUGUUUUGUUAUUUUUAUUUAUUGAAUGUUUUUCUCCCCCCUCUUCUCCUCCCUUCACUCCUGUUUUCUGCCUGUUUGUGGAUGGUGGUGGUAUUGUAGGAGCCAAGGAUGUGUGUGCCCAUUGAUGUCCUGUUUUAAGGACAUGUUCGAGAGUUCCAAGUAGUUAUCCAUUUCUUGUAAAAUACUAGGCUGUUUAAAGAAUAACCUUUCAAUUCUGCAUCUGUAUUAUAAUAUAUGAAAAUGAUGAACUACUGGAGUCAUACUUUUCUAUUGCGGUAUGAAAUAAAACAGUCUCUUGUGUGGGCUGUUCACACCUCUGAA